AUGAAGAUAAAGCAUUUGAAAGAUGAUGACAUGCUUUCCAAUGUGUUUUGUGAAAACUCUGAGAAGCUCGUCAAUGUACACUUGUUUGCCCUGGCUGCUAAGUAUUAUUCUUUGUCCAGUCUUGGAGUGUGUACCCCCUUAGAAGACGUACUUGAAGCACUGAGAGGAGACAAUCAAGGAACAACAGGUAUCAAAACUGAUGAAUUUAUGAAUAAUAAGAAAUCACAUGAAGUACAGGUGAUGUCAGAGCUGGUAGACAACAUAGCGAAUUAUUGUGGUAUAAAGCAGGUGAUUGAUAUAGGGUCUGGAAAAGGCUACCUGAGUUCAUUUUUGUCCAUGCAAUAUAACUUAAAAGUUUAUGGAAUUGACUCCUCAAACACCAACACUAAAGGUGCUCACGAAAGGAACAGAAAAUUGAAGAAACACUGGAGAGCAUAUCAGAGUCGAGGAACAGCAAACCUCAAAAGCCAGAGGUUGGAAAAGGCAAAUGACAGGCCAGUGAAAAGUGAAAUUAAAUGUAAAGCAAUCAAUGAAAAGCCCUUAAAUAAUGACAGCAGUCUUCAAAGUCAGGGCCUAGUGACUGUCCAAGAUUUAGUUCCUUCUUGUGAUUUCACAGAAAUAGCUACAUCUGAAACCAGCAAACACAGUGAAGUUGAUUUGGUGGCUUGGACAGAAUCUGAUGAGAGCAAACUUUCUGAAGAGGUUUUUGCUAUUCUGAAUGUUCUGCCUGGUGAUGCUGUGGAAGUUUUUUCUUCAUCUCAGUGUAACUGUGGGGAACUCUGUGAAGAGGAAAAGGCGCAAAGAAAAAUGGCAUCUCUCCAGGCUAAAGCGAGCAAGUCAAGUGAAUCAAACCUGUAUUUUCCAUUGACCUCUUGCAUCACUGCGGAAACAGAACUCAGUGACAUCGUAACAGAUCUGGAGGACUGUAUGAUGGUGGGUCUACAUACAUGUGGCGAUCUUGCUGCAAAUACGCUACGAAUUUUUACUGCCAAGCCUGAAAUCAAAGCAGUUUGCAGUGUAGGCUGCUGCUACCAUCUCUUGUCAGAACAGUUUGAAAACGAAGAAGAAUGCCCAGAGGAAGUGUGGGGAUUUCCCAUGUGUCAGUACUUGAAGGACAAGGGCUGGUGCUGUGGUCGCAAUGCUAGAAUGUCAGCAUGCUUGGCUUUGGAGCGAGUUGCAGUUGGCCAAAUGCUGCCUACAGAAUCAUUGUUUUAUCGAGCUGUUCUUCAGGUUAUUAUAGAAGAAAUUUAUGGUGUCACCAAAAGUGAUCGACAUGUUGGAAAAACUUUCUCCAAAUCAUCCUCCUUCAUAGGUUAUGUCAGAAAGUCUCUGAAAAAGCUGGAACUGGAUGAUUCAAAGCUCCCAGACAGCUGUAUAAUGGAUUACUAUGAAAAAUACAAGCACAGAAUGAAUGAGCUUGAAGCAUUUAAUAUGUUGAAGGUUGUUCUGGCUCCCUGCAUAGAAGCUUUGAUACUUCUGGAUCGUCUUUGCUACCUCAAGGAGCAGGACAACAUUGCCUGGUCUGGACUUGUGAAGUUAUUUGAUCCCGUGAAAUCCCCCAGAUGCUAUGCAGUUAUUGCUCUGAAGAAACAGUCAUGUUUUUAA